AUGGAAAAUCAGGGAGGAGACUUGGGUAAAGAGCAGUCAGAGGGAGAGCAGAGACCUGUGAGUGUAAUAUCAAGAAUCCUCACAGAAACUGAGCAGCGAUAUGUUCAAGUGGAAGAGGAAGCUCUAGCAGUCACUUGGACCUGUAACUGCGCCACGACAAGCCUCCCCUUGUCUGUGGAUUCAGAGGUGGGGGUAGUAAUCUCAGCCACUGCUGAUGAUUCUGCUGACGGCAAAGAUGUGGAGGAGGAACAGGAGGAGGACGAGAUGGCAGAGACCACACAGCACUCCAUUCUCCCCAACAGCCAGGAGCUUUUCCUCACCCUGACAGAAGUACCCUCCCAGCCCUCUCAAGCCACUAGCCCAGACAAUGAAGCCAUGGAAGCGACCUCUGCUGCACAUUUUUCAAGCCUCCCUACUCCAGUCCGAAGGAUAAGUCAGAUAAGGAGGCUGAGGAAGAAGAGGACACGGGAGGAGAUGUUCACAGAAAUAAUGGCAGUAACCUGCAGUGAAAGAGCUCAUCUGGGGGAGUGGAAACACGUGGUUGCAAAGUACAGGGACGCUGCUAGUGAACGUGAGGAGAGGAGGGACGCUCGAGAGGAGAUGUGGCGGCAAGAAGAUCAGAGGUGUAGGCAGGAAGAUCAGCGGUGGCGGGCUGCAACACUGGAGCUACUGCGCGAUCAGACUGACAUCCUCCGAAGUCUGUUGGAAGAGCUGCGGGGUCACAGAGUGCCACUCCAGCCCAUGUUUAACCUCCCUCAGUACUCACCAUGUCCCAUAUCUUCCACACCCAGACGUGUAAGAAUGCGUGGGGGAAGGCUUUCUGCACCUGCCCACUCCACCCCUGUGGACAGUCCAACCAAAAGGCUGUCAUUACAUUGAAAUGCCCUUAAUGGCAUUUUUCUUCCCUCCUAUACUCCUCCCAAACCACUCCCGGGGUACCUUUUCAUUUCUUUUACUCUUCUUAUAAGGACAUGCUAUUCAAAGGCAGUGGGAGGGUGGGUUGGUUACAGAUAGUAACUUUAUUUCCAUAAGCAAGCUGUUAUGGAAGGGUGGAGGGAAGCUUGCUUGC